AUUGAGAAUAACAAUUGGCAGAUCAAUCAAUAAUGAAAAUAAUAAUAAUAAUCUAAAUACCAGCACCAUCUUUUUAGAGGACGGCAAGAGUUUUCUUUAAAGGUGAGUCUGUGCGUGAAACUUUUACUUUACUUCAGUAUUUCCAUUUUUUGCAACAUAAUACUUAUUGUAGUUUGUUCUCAGCAACAUUUAUUUGACAUCUAUAGUUAUUUUGCAAAUAAGGAAUUUUAAACAUAUAAUCACUAUCAAAUAUAAUGCAUCAUUAUUGAAUGUGAAUCCAUGACUCCAACUGUAACAUUUUAUAUUUUACACUAUUGGUACUUUUAUUAAUGUGAAGCAUCUGAAUACUUCUUUUAAAAUAAAUAAAUAAAUCAUAUGAUGCAUACACUUCCAAAAGAUUGAUGAAAAAUCAAUCUAAAUCUAAAACACUAGCCUAAAAAAAUCGUAUUCCCUUUCUUUUUGGCAACAGCUGGUACCAUCAUUUCCAUGGAGCCCCUCCUCCUCUUCCUCCUCCUCCUCCUGCAUCGUGGCACUUCUCUCCCCUCAUACCGGGCUGCUUUGUUGUGAAUACAGCAGCGGCACCGUAUUGCACGUACAACCCAGAAGGUUAUGAGGAGGUUAUUCCGACUCCUGACUGCAGCAGCAUCCAUUCACACUGAGAAACAAACAGCUGCAGCGUUGAAGCCGCUCACCUGAGAGAGCAAAGGGAAACAGAGACGGAGAAAGUGACGUUUUUUCCGCACCGGACGUUUUGCACGGGUCUUUUGUUUUCUCCAUCUCUGCUGCAUCAAGGACAGCGAUACCAGGGCGAUACGAGGAUCCAUGACAGACGCUUUGAAUAGGAUACCGCUUCAGUAUCACGGUUGUGUGGGGAUUCGGCCAUGGAUGCCGGGAGACUGGAGCAGCAGGUGGCCAGUGUGGACAGAGGCAUUGCCUUCCUGAAGCAGGAGCACCUGGCCAUGCUGACCGGUCUGCAGCUGGAGAUCACACACCUGAAGAGGCGCUGUCAUGAGCUAAGCUGUGAGCUGGACUCCAGGUUUCCUGACAGAAACACAGAAGAGGAGGAAGCAGAGCUGGCAGCACGUUGUGAGGCCGCAGAGCGUCUCCUAGAGGACCAGCAGUGCAUGAUGGUCGCUGCGCGCGGGGAACUGCGGGCCGGCCGGGCACGGGCCUCAGCACUCGGAAGGAGCCUCAGGGAAGAAGAGCGGUGUUUCCUGGAGGAGCUGAAACGGCGUAGCCACAAGAUCACGCUGCUGAGUCGUGAGCUGCAACGGCAAAAUGUUAUCACGUCAAGCCUCUGCCACGAGCUCCACACCGCACGCUUAAAACUGUUCCAGCAACGGCAGAGCACAGAGUCUGCUGCAGAGGGAGAGGAGGAACCCAGAGGAAAGGAGGUAGAAGACGGAGAGGAAGAAGAGGAUGAAGAGGAUGAAGGGGAGGACUCAGACUGGCUUCUGUCUCCGCCUCCUCCAGCCUCUCCCAGCAAAUCAGAAGUGAGACACAAGAGGCGUGUCAGUGUGAGGGAGGAGAGGGUCAGAGCUUGUGUCCCACAGGAGAGAGUGACAUCACCGCAGAGGCCACACCCCAUGCCCGACCCCGCCCUCUUCUUGGUGCCGCUUAGAUACCGCCUCCUUCGCUUGAACCAACCAAUCAGAACGCAGGACGGAGAUGGGCUGGAGGACGAGUGGGAGGAUAUAGAGGACAGCAGGGUACACAGGAGGGUGGACAUGGGAGCGGGAGAGGGAGAAACUGCUCUGUGAUGAAGAUAAAAAAAGGCAAAGUUGUCUUCCAGCAGGUCUCGGGCCAACAUCAAUCAACAUCCUGAUGCAGUUAUUCUUCAAAAAAAACUUAAGAGGAGAGAGAUUUAACCUUGUGAUUGUCUGUAGAUUUCAGGGAGUGAGUUAGAUAUUUAGAGCUAGUUGCACAAGAGUGUGUGAUCCAACCUACACAUAGACGUAUUAACUGGAUUUGUCACAUCGAUUGGUACAGUAUGUACUAAAAUGUGAAGAAAUGAGUGGGUCAAAAAAGACUGUUUCAUAUGGAUGCCUUUUGAUUUCAACACUGUCGAUCACGGCUUUUGCCUGUAAUUAGUAGCCUUGCCUCUGGGUCUCGAACACUUCAAAAAUGGCAACCUGCUUUUUCACUGCACAAGCCGUAUUCCAGGUUUUGGAAAGUCACUCUAGAAGGCUUAAGGGACGUUUUGUAUGAUUUGCACUUUAUUAAAAUUCAUGCAAUGUGCCUGGUAAAGGCAGAGAAGUAUUCCUGGUGUCAUGUUGUCUUGUUUUCAGUGUUUCUGCAGAUGUUUUGCAGAUAUUUUUACUUGUCAUCGUAGGAAAAAAGCA